AAGAAAAAAGAAAAAAAGCAAAUAAAAUAUCGUCGUCGUCUUCAUCUCUCUUACCCGAAAUCAUUUCCGAUUGUUCACCGAAUUUCACGUGGAUUCGCCGAAUGUAUCCAUCUGGGGAUGUGACCUCUGCUCGUGGAGGGCCAUCAACAGAUAGUGGAGAUCCUGUGGUAACACUAGAUCAAGUUCUUCGGUGGAGUGAUGUGGAUUAUAGCUACUCGAAUGAGAAUGAAGACUCCGCCUUUCCAAAUUCAUACUUGCCCCAGAAUUUAACGUCUUCUUCUGUGGUGGAGAGUAGUGGAAAUGGGAUGGUGUCAAGGUUUCUUGUUGAUCAUGAAAUCAACAUGAAGAUAUAUCUAUGGAGGGGGCAUCCUUGGAAUCUCGAGGUGGAUGCAGUUGUUAACUCUACAAACGAGAACAUGGAUGAAGGGCACAGCAGUCCUUGUUUGCACUCUGCAGCUGGACCAGGUCUUGCAGAAGAAUGUGCCACUCUGGGUGGAUGUCGAACUGGUAUGGCAAAAAUUACUAAUGCAUAUGACCUUCCUGCAAGGAGAGUUAUACAUACUGUUGGUCCCAAGUAUGCAGCAAAAUAUCAUACUGCUGCAGAGAAUGCUCUGAGCCACUGCUAUAGCUCUUGCCUUGAAAUUCUCAUUGAAAGUGGGCUUCAAAGCAUUGCUAUGGGCUGUAUAUACACAGAGGCCAAAAAUUAUCCACGUGAACGAGCUGCUCAUGUUGCAAUUAGAACAGUGCGGCGGUUUCUUGACAAACAAAAAGAUAAAAUUUUUGCUGUUGUUUUUUGCACAAAUACACCAUCAGAUAUAGAGAUUUAUAAAAGAUUGCUUCCUCUUUAUUUUCCUCGGGAUAAACAUGAGGAGGAGGUGGCCAUUUCAAACCUUCCUGCAGAUGUUGGGGAUGAAAAUGGUGAAACAGUUAUUGAUGAACGUAAAAUCAGAAUAAAAGCUUUGCCAAAUGUGAAGAAGAAUGGUCCUAGAUCGCCCCAAGCCUCUUUUGAUCAACCUGUCAGUGAUGUUGGUUUAACAAGACGAAGCUCAUCCUAUUUGGAUUCAUAUUUGGAUCCUGUUUUCAUGUCACCGAUUAAGGAUCCAGAUGACCGAAACAAGGAACAGUGGGAAAAAACUGCUCAAGCACAAAGUAGCUGGAACUGUGCUGCUGCUAAAAUGCUUGGAUUGGGUGACCUUGGAGGACCUCAAUUAUCUGCUGCUGAGGAAUACUCGCUCCAUUCUAGAUAUCUUGCUAAGGCGAAUUCUCUUGAUCUUUCUGAGAUUGCAGAAAUGAAGAUUCUUUACCGCGGUGGGGUUGACAGUGAGGGCCGUCCAGUAAUGAUCAUUGUGGGAGCACAUUUACUGCUAAGAUGUCUCAAUCUGGAUCGAUUUGUGCUCUAUGUAAUAAAGGAGUUUGAACCCUUGAUACAAAAGCCUUUUACUAUUG